AUGGCGUCGAAGUCGAAAGAAAAAGAGAACGCACUCGACCAAUUCUCCGCUGGCGACAACUUGGAUCAGGAACCGGAAGUCGGGUGCAAACCUAAGCUGUCGCUCGCGAUGAAGUGGACUACGGCUGAGCUUCGAACUCGUCUUACGCCGAGCUUGAAUCCCAAAGCCUGGGCGAAGAUCGCUGAAUCACGCCUCUUCGGGCCGAAGACGAAGCCAACUUCGCGGGAAGAAGAGAAGAGGUCCUCCUGGGACGCUCCCGUCGAACCAAAACAGGUACCAAGCACCCACAGACGCGCCAAAUCGGAAAUCGUCAUUCGAACUGUCGUCAAGACACACGAAGAGCCACCCGAAGUUCCCGAGCUGCCUCGAAACAUCAGUCCCACUGGGACGAUCUUGAUCCGAGAUGUGGCACGAAAGACUGUAGAGGGGGCCUUUGAAGAAUCGACUGUCCUAAAAUCCUACGCGAAGUCCGUCCAGCUGGGCGUCUGUAACGAUCGCGAACGAUGCACUCCAGAAGUUGGUUGCCUCAACGACGAUCAGGCAGAGGGAAAAGAUCUAGAUAUUAGAGGCGGUUAUUCGCAUGAAGAGCACUCGAAAGAUGAGACUAGAUGCUAUGGCGACUACAAUAAGGAUAAAGAGGAGAACGCGAGCGUUGACAUUUCCCAGAACCUAGCCAAGAUUGAAGACACUCCUCAAGAGAGCUCGGAAGAGGAGGGAGAGGAACAGUUUCAAGACUGCUACUUCCCCUUCACUUCGAAGCCACGACGAGACACAUUCGCAGACUUCGACUACGUACCACCAAACAGCCUUGUCGACAAUGCGAUCAGAAAUGGGGUAUGGGGCCUGAACCCCAGCGAACUCAUCUCCCAAGAGCAUGAGAGAGAAAUCACGGGGCUUCCAAAAUGCACCGCUUCUCGUCACACGAAGAACUGGCGAGUAACAAACUCGAUGCUCUCGGCCUACACUGCUUUGAGAGGACCGUACAGACUCGCCGGUCGUGACAUGUUUGUCUGGAUGGACCGCUGCGGAAAGACUUUCGUAAAGCCGGAAGAUUGCAGUGCGCGGGUUGGCUCGUGUAACUCGAUCAUCGCCGACUUGGAGCCACUCAGUUACGACCCCCCACCCCUGCCAGACGAGUCGAGUCAAAAGCAGGUCUUCAGCAUCCCGAGACCCCCUUACGAACACAUUAGACCACCGCCCGGAUUCAAUCCAGCAGAUCACGAGGAGCCAUCGGUCGAGCUGGAUCAAGAUUUCCUCACAGAUAUGAAGAGAGGAGUUCAGACCUGGAGUGAUGAUGGGAACGGAGAUCGCCUUGCUCAACUCAAUGGUCCGGAUGGGAUAUACAGUGCCACCGAGGAGUUUGUCCUAUCUGACGACGAGGGAGACCCCUUGGACGGACGCAUUUCUCCUUGCACUUUCCGCCUGUGGGCUGAGGGAUGCGAGAGAUAG